GAGGCAAUGCAACUCAUGGAGGCAACAGGAAAGGUGGGAUUGACGUCAUGUAGCUAGUUGAUGAAGCUCAACACGAACAUGGCACAUUGUGGCUAUGAAGUAUCCGGCUGCAUAAUUGGGUGUGCGGUGGGCUUGCAGCUAUCGAUGUUGGUGUUGAGAUUGACUGGCAGGGCUCCAUGUCCAGAGCGGGUAAGGGUGCAUACUGUAGCUUUCUCACUGUGUCAGCUGCAGGCUCUACAGCCUGGUUGACGAUAGUGGAUGAGGUCUGGGAUUGAUAUUCUGCUGUGUUCGCCCCUCUUUUCUUUCGUGGACAAUGUGCGACUUUGGUGCUCUGUCAGUCUCCCCUUUCAUCUUUGUUUUGAUCUUUGAAUGUUGCUAUCUCAGACAUGGCAAACAUCCCUCCUUCCCUCGGCGCGAGUUGCCCCAGUGGUGGCACGUUUUAUGUUUGUCUUGGAAAGAAGACUGAGUUCAUCGGCUGCUGCACCAUCAACCCGUGCACCACUGGGUAUCAGAGAGAACCGGGAACGUGUCCCCCAGAAAACCUCCGGCCAGCAUCCUUCUCCAAGGACAGCUACCUUGAUCUUCCAGCCCAGGAAUGCGACAGUUCGGAUUCGAGCGCAUUGUGGUGGACCUGUGCUGGCAACACACCACCCUUCUUGGGUUGUUGCAAGAUAAACCCAUGUCAUAGAGGAUCGUGCCCGACCGACCGGCUUGUUGCUGCCCGCCUCAGUCCUGACCCGGAUAAUCGCCAAAUCUUCGUUGGAGCUUCACCCACGACCACUAGCAUUGAGCCGACCUCGACAACUCAAAGCACACCAACCGCCACACCAACUCCAACCACGGGCGCUGAUCCGCUACCAGAGCUCUCAACCACCACGCCAAGCUCAAACAGUGGCCUUCCCCCGGCAGCAAUCGGGGGCAUAGCGGCAGGAGCUGCUGUCCUUUUCCUCGCCCUCAUUGCCUUCCUUCUCUGGAGAUGGCGACGCAAUGUACGACAGAGUCAAGAAAACCACAUGAGACCAUUCGUGACAGAGGCAGGUGGCUAUCAGCCAACUCCAACCUUCAAACCUGUCGGCUAUGAGCCAACCGUGACCUCGACCUUCAGCAGCCCCGAGAGCACUCCUUAUCUGCAAAAUUCCUUCCCUGGAUUCGGUCACCCGCCGAAGCAAGCAGGGCUUGGAGGAUCACCUUCGCCAUAUGAUCCACACCACUCAUUCCAAGCAUACCAACCGCACGGCCACAGCCGAACCGUCUCGGAGUUCUCGCAGACGCCUACCUACUAUCACCAGUCCCCGCCGAUGGGAUCGAGCCCGAAUAUGGCGGAGCUGUCAGCGACUGACUCGACGGCUUUCAGGAUGGGGCAUAAUGUGCCGACUGAACUUGCGACGACUGGGCCGAUGCGUGGUCCUGUGGGAGGGCAAAGAUGAUAAUGUUGGCUUGUGGUAUUUA